AUGUCUGUCAUUCUUUCUAUCUUGGCUGCCGGCAGUCUACCAGCACUCAUUUUGGGGGCUCCGGUUCCAUUCCUUCUCUCUCGCAAUGCUGCUGUAGCAGAUCUUCAGUCAUUACAAACUCGUUCCUCGUCCGCUUACACUCUCUUUGGUGGCGAUGGAACGAUCGCUGCUGGAUGGCCAUCCAUCGAUAACUGGGUCGCAACCUACGAUGAGAUGUUCAACGCGAACAAGGCGACCAUGUCCAGUUCCUGCACCUAUUUCGGCGCAGAGAAUGAUUCCGCGGACGAGAUCAACGAUAUCUACAACGCUAUUAAGUCCGUCUCCGCAUCCAGCGGCGUUGACCCGCGUUUUAUUCUCGCCAUUCUCAUGCAGGAGAGCAACGGUUGUGUACGAGUACAUACCACAAACUAUGGUGUCAACAAUCCAGGUCUUAUGCAAUCCCAUAACGGCAAAGGAACAUGCAACUCUGGGACCCCCGUUACUCCAUGCCCCGCUGACGAAAUCACCCAAAUGAUCGAGGACGGCACUACGGGUACAGCCGAUGGAGAUGGUCUCAAGCAACUCCUCGACCAGGCUGUAUCUAGAUAUGGUGCCAACGGUGCAACUGAGUACUACGUGGCAGCACGAAUGUACAACUCGGGAUCUGUUGCUCCUGGUGGCAACUUGGGUCAAGGUGGUGCCACUGCAUGUUAUUCCUCGGAUAUUGCCAACCGUCUUUUGGGAUGGUCGGGUACAACCCCAUGUAAACAGACUGACGUCGAAGCUCUCACCCACACUGUUGGCACAUUCCUAUCUGGAAACGAUGGCAGUGCUCCCAGUGCUCCAUCCAUAACCACCACCAAUCCAGUUGCUCCCAACCUGGGCCCUGCCACUAAUCCAGUUGAUCCCAGCCUCGGCCCUGCCACUGAUCCAGUUGCCCCCAGCACCGGCCCUGCCACUGCUAAUCCAGUCCCUGCAAACCUCAUUGCACCAAGCACCACACUUAUAGAUACAGCACCAGUGGCUCCACCUCCCGCCACCACCACUACUAUUCCUCUUGCAUCAGCAAUUGACGUUGCUGCAUCUGCUCCUUCUUCCCAUACUACCACUCCGGUCGGUCCUGUGUACCCCGGCGCCGUAUCAACUUGCCAGAAAUGGACUGUCGUUGUCUCCGGCGAUUACUGCCUCGAAGUCGAGGAACACGCCGGCGUCUCUGCAUCUCAGUUCAUGGACUGGAAUCCAGGUCUGGAUGCAGCUUGCUCGAAUCUAUGGCUGGGCUACAACUACUGUAUCCAGGCUUAG